UGAGGAACGAAAAAGAUAAAAAGAAAGAACGAAAAACGGAGCAAUGCAUAGGAAUGUCCCUAGAUUUGAUGCAAUCUUAAAAUCAUCACCGUAGAUCCUGGCUAAUAUGGUCGCAAACCCGGUGGCUUUUGACUCUGCAGCAGCCCCUGAACCGCCACGUACCGACCACCUGUGCCACGAAUCGCCAAAACGUUGACGUCGGGCACCACGUGGCAAAGCUAGAGUCAAUUUUACGGAUUUAACCCCAAAGAGCAUAGCAACUUGUGGCUGAAAUUCGAAGACGAAGGUAGGAAAUAGGAGCUAUUGGCCAAAGGGCAAAAAGAAAAACUAAAAAAUUAAGGGAAAAAGCGCAAGCGUGGGCUUUAGUUGAAUCAGCCACUAAAUUACUGCCGCUUGGCAACAUCUAAUGCAUCUCUAUGUUCUGUACAUACCGUUCACUCUUUUCCAGCCUCAAAUUAAACUCCCCCAUUUUUUUUUUAUUUUCAAAAAAUUUCCAGAAAAAUAAAUCCACAUGAAAUUAUAGUGGCUGAGAUUUCUCGUAGUAUUUUUUGUGUUUUAAUUCUCACAAAAAAAAGAGCUUGUUUUCACUUCGUUUGCUUUGCUUUCUUCAAGUUCUGUUUUUCCAAUUUCUGUAUAUUCCGAUCUUUUUUUCAUUGCCGGAAACUAUGAACUUUCCGACUGUUUUCCGGUGAACUAAUUUUUUCAUGCGUGAUCGUCGUUUCCAGUGUUCUCAUCCUCCAUGGCUAUUUCUCAAGGUAUUGGCGUCUACGGGUUCGUUUUGGCGAGGAUUCUGAAUAAAGGAAUUUUGUUUUAAGUUCAUUGGAAGAAGCCGUCUCUUCUCUCUGUUACGUAGUAAAUAGCAGUCAUCAGGUUUUGUGGAGUUCAAAAACGGCUCUACUAUUUGUAGUAUUGAAUGUCCAAAGAAAUGAAAGGAGGUUUGUGUUUUACCCGUUGCUCGUUAGAGAGGAUUUGAAGCAGCGGUAGCGCUGCCCGGGUCCUGUCAAUGGACACAUACUCUUCUGGGGAAGAACUCGUUCUUAAGACUAGGAAGCCUUAUACUAUUACCAAACAACGUGAAAGAUGGACUGAGGAGGAGCAUAAUAGGUUCCUAGAGGCUUUGAAGCUCUAUGGACGAGCUUGGCAACGCAUUGAAGAACACAUAGGAACGAAGACUGCUGUGCAGAUCAGGAGUCAUGCUCAAAAAUUCUUUUCAAAGUUGGAGAAGGAGGCACUUGCUAAAGGUGUACCAAUAGGUCAAGCUCUUGACAUAGAGAUUCCACCUCCACGCCCUAAAAGAAAACCAAACAAUCCUUAUCCUCGAAAAACCGGUGCUUCUACCACAGUACAGGAUGGAGCUAAGGAUGGAAAAUCUGAAACACCGAUAUCUUCUUCACAUUGCAAGCAAGUGUUGGACUUGGAGAAAGAACCACUUCCAGAGAGACCUAAUGGAGAUGAAAAGUCUACAAAUCUGAAAGAAAAUCAAGAUGAGAGUUGCUCUGGGGUUUUUACCCUUCUCUGCGAAGCAAAUUGCCCCUCUGCUUCUUCCAUGAAUAAGAAUUUUAUACCAGCGUCAGCAGCACUCAAAAGCUCUUGCACAUUUAGGGAGUUUGUACCUUCUCCAAAAGAGAAAAUUCAUGAUAAUGGUACAAGUAAGGCCUCAAACCUGGAGUAUUCCUGCACCUCAUAUGAUAAACCAGCUCAAGGCCAAAGAAAAGAUGAUUUGGAUGGUGCUUUAUGUGCAGAUGAAAUGCAAGCCGCUCAAAAUUAUCCUAGACAUGUUUCUGUGCAUGUCCUAGAUGGAAGCCUGAGAACAUGUGCUCAAAAUCCUUCCCUGGAUAUGUCAUUUCAGGAUUCUGUAUUUUGCCCUAUGGGUGAUGUUCAUGGACCUAACCUGUCCGCAAAUCUAGCUGCAUCUGCAACUACUGAACAUCAGAAUAAUGCUCCGAGAUCAACUCAGCAGGCACUGCCACCUUUUCAUACUCCCUUUAUGCAUCUUCGCCCAAAUCAAGAGGACUAUCGAUCAUUUCUACAUGUCUCCUCCACUUUUUCCAGUCUCAUUGUAUCUACUUUGUUACAGAAUCCAGCUGCCCAUGCUGCAGCAAGCUUUGCAGCAAGAUUUUGGCCUUAUGAGAAUAUUGAAAGCUCUGGCGAUUCUCCUGCAGGCGGCUUAGGAGGUUUCCCAUCUAGACAAAUGAACUCUGCUCCAAGUAUGGCUGCAAUCGCUGCUGCAACUGUAGCAGCUGCCACUGCAUGGUGGGCCGCCCAUGGACUGUUUCCUGUAUGUGCUCCUCUGCAUACAGGCUUUACCUGUUUUCCUGCAUCCACUGCUGCAGUUCCACCAAUGGAGAAUGGUCAACCUCCAGCUGCCAAGACAGAACAAAAGGGUAAAACUGAUCAAGCUCUAUCUCUGCAGGUUGAGCAACUAGACCCUGAGAACUCUGAAGCUUUGCAAGGUCAGCAUUCAUCAUCUAAAUCACCUACUUCAUCAUCGUCGGACUGUGAAGAGAGAGGAGAUGCAAAAGUGAAUACUGGAGUGAAAGCUACCGAUGAUGAGACGGCUGCUGAAGUAAUUGAGCCUCAGGAUGCAAAUAAAACAAAGAACAAAAAACAAGUUGACCGGUCCUCAUGUGGCUCCAACACUCCUUCAAGCAGUGAGGUAGAGACAGAUGCGUUAGAAAAACAUGAAAAAGACAAGGAAGAUUCAAAAGGAGCUGACCCCAAUCAUCCACAAGUUGAAUGUAACCGUCGUAGUAGUAGAAGCAAUAGCAACCUGAGUGAUUCUUGGAAGGAGGUAUCUGAAGAGGGGCGGCUAGCUUUUCAAGCCCUCUUCUCCCGGGAGGUACUCCCACAAAGCUUUUCUCCUCCACAUGACGGCAAGAGCAAGGGGCAGCAAAAGGAAAAUAUAGGUGAAGACAAGCAAAAUCCAGCUGAGGAAGACGAAGAAAUAUCAACUUUAGAUCUCAACAGCAAGACAUGGGGUUCUUGUUCUGAUCAUCAAGAAACUGUGAAAAAUGCAUUAUCAAGAGACAAGAACAGUACAGAAGAGGGCCUGCUGACUAUUGGAUUAGGACAUUCAAAACUAAAAGCUGGCCGAACUGGAUUUAAACCUUACAAAAGGUGUUCUGUGGAAGCCAAAGAAAACAGAGUGAUGAACACUGGCAGUCAAGGUGAAGAGAAAUGUCCCAAGAGGGUACGCUUGGAAGGGGAACCUUCAACUUGACUUUUACACAAUUGCAUACAAUUAACAAAGGCAAAGUUUGUUUGUUGAAUGCAAUCUCUAAUGUUCUUCCCCCAUAUCUUAUUUCCUUUUCAUAUGUUGAUCUUAAAAGACUUUUAUUCGAUUGCAGCUCACGAGACUUUUCGUGUAGGUGGUGUUGUGUACUAUCUAAUAUCUACAUCGACUUAUUCGCUUUCCUGGACUUUUUUAUGCUUGCUACUGCAGUUAAAAAACUCCCUCUGAGAUAGAAGCAUUUAAAGGAAGUAUUGAAUCUGAA